AUGAGAGAGUGCCGUCAAGACGAGGUCUUCCCGAAAUGUAGACUGCUUUACGCCAUAGUGUUCGUGUUUGCUUAUCUCGAGCUGAGGUGGUCCCAACGGGGAGCGUUGUUGAAGGCCCCCAUCGACACGAGCGAGAAGCCCAUCGUCUGGGUGCUGGGUGGCCCGGGAUCCGGCAAGGGCACUCAAUGCGAGAAGAUCAUAGCGAAGUACGGCUUCACCCACCUGUCCACCGGAGAUCUGCUUCGGGCGGAGGUCAAGAGCGGCUCCGAGCGCGCCAAGUGCCUCACGACCAUCAUGGAACGGGGUGAACUCGUCCCCAAUGAGACGGUGUUGGAGCUGCUGAAGGAGGCGAUAGAGGCACGCGCCGCCGACUCCAAAGGCUUCCUCAUCGACGGAUACCCGAGGGAGAAGUCGCAGGGAAUCGCCUUUGAAAACUCCAUCGCACCAGUCACUGUGAUACUGUACUUUGAGGCGUCGUGCGAGACUCUGACGAAGCGGCUGUUGGGCCGCGCGGCGAGCUCUGGCCGCGCCGACGACAACGAGGAGACCAUCAAGCUGCGCCUCAAGACCUUCCUCGACAACAACGACCUCGUCCUAGCGCAAUACCCAGACAAACUCACAAGGAUAAACGCUGAAGCCACAGUCGACGAAAUCUUCGGCGAAGUGCAAAAGAUCCUGGACCCCGUGGUAGCGGCCGCCGCCGCUAAC